GCCCGGACUGGCUUUCCUAUUGGACGAAACUGCAGAGAGUGACGUUAUGUGCUGUGGGACGUCCUAAGGCUAGGGUUGUGCCCGGCGUCGGAGCCAUUACUGCCGGGAAAAGGUCUCGCAGAGCUGAGCAGCCAAGAUGUGUGACUUCACCGAGGACCAGACCGCAGAAUUCAAGGAGGCUUUCCAGCUGUUUGACCGAACAGGGGAUGGCAAGAUCCUGUACAGCCAAUGUGGGGACGUGAUGAGGGCCCUGGGCCAGAACCCCACCAACGCCGAGGUUCUCAAGGUCCUGGGGAACCCCAAGAGUGAUGAGAUGAACGUGAAGGCGCUGGACUUUGAGCACUUCCUGCCCAUGCUGCAGACCGUGGCCAAGAACAAGGACCAGGGAACGUACGAGGAUUAUGUCGAGGGCCUUCGCGUGUUUGACAAGGAAGGGAAUGGAACAGUGAUGGGCGCCGAGAUCCGCCAUGUCCUUGUCACUCUGGGCGAGAAGAUGACAGAAGAGGAAGUAGAGAUGCUGGUGGCGGGCCACGAGGACAGCAAUGGUUGUAUUAACUAUGAAGCAUUUGUGAGGCACAUCCUGUCGGGGUGACGGGCCCAUGGGGCGGAGCUUGUCCGCAUGGUGCUGAAUGGCUGAGGACAUCUCCAUACCCCAAGCCCGUGCCUUGCCCAGUGUGGCCCAUAGGCUCCCUGAUCACAGCACCUGCCCAUCUGGGCCCUUUGGGAUGAUUGAUGUUUGCCUUCACCCAAUAAAAGCUGCCCUCUGCCCUA